GGGAAGGCUGGUUGAAUGAGUAUUUAUAUACCCAAUGCGGUUGAUGAGCAGAGGGAGAGCAGUGAAAUGAUGGACGAGGUAAAAUUAAUAUCAUUCCUGUUAAGUCCGUUUGGUCGAAAAGUGGAAAUCGCUCUGAGGGCAAAGGGGAUCGCGUAUCAAGUGGUGGAGGAGGAUCUGAAAAACAAAUCAGAAAUUCUUCUGGAAGCCAAUCCCGUCUACAAGAAGAUCCCUGUUCUUAUUCACAGGGGCAGAUCAAUCUGUGAAUCCAGACUCAUCGUUGAAUAUAUCGAUGAAAUGUGGCCAUCUGCUCACCAAUUGUUCCCCCAGGACCCUUACGAUCGUUAUCUCGUGCGAUUCUGGGCAGAUUUUCUGGAUCACAAGAUCAGGGGAAUCGGAAUUAUGUGCGCGGAUCAGAAAGGGGAAAUGGAAAUUGUGAGAGAAGAGUACAAAGAGAUGUGGAGCAGAGUGGAGAGUGGGGUGGGAGAGUUGGAGAAGAGGGGAAUGGUGUUGUGUGAGGGAAAGAGGCAAGUAAAUUAUGUGGACGUUGUGAUGGGAUCAUGGAUGCCAUGGUUUGUCCCCUUGGAAACCUGUGGCGGCCUAGUCUUUCCCUCGCUUGAUGAUUGCCCCGCUCUGCACAGAUGGCUCCGAGCCCUCGCUCGGAACACUCUUGUCACUUCCACUUUCCCCACCUCCACACAGAUGAUGGACUAUGCCAGAAAACGCUUCCAUCUCCAAUGAAUUUUUUAAUUAACAAAAAAGAUUUUCAUGUGUCC